AUGACUAGCCAUACCAAUGGCGCCGCAUCCGCGCCGAAUCCUCUGCCGGAGCGCCGCGACGCUACCGGUGCGAAUCCAAAGCUUGCCGACCCUGCUGCUGUCGCCGAGGCCCCCGCCCCGCCUCUGAUUACAGUCAGAAGCCCCAGUGACGCCCCCGAUGCGGGCCUGAGGAGCCUCGAUCAUUAUAAGAGAGCGCUGCCACCAUGGCGAUAUCGACUGCGGCAGUCGCUGCUGCCACUGAUCCGUUGGGAAACACCCUACCUGGCUUAUCUGCAGGAAACGAUGCGCACCCCAUGGCUCGAUAGUUACUUUGCCAUCACGGCCAACCUCGGUACCCAUACGUUCUUCAUGAUCGGCUUGCCCAUGCUCUUCUGGUGCGGGUACGCCUCUUUUGGCAAAGGUGUUAUUCACAUCCUAGCCGAGGGCGUCUUCUUCACUGGCUUCAUCAAGGACUUCUUUUCCCUACCCAGACCGCUGUCCCCGCCACUACAUCGAAUUACCAUGUCCGGAUCUGCUGCAUUGGAAUAUGGCUUCCCUUCGACACAUAGCGCCAACGCCGUGUCAGUGGCCGUGUACGCAGUAUUGCUUCUCCGGAGCCCUGACAAUGCCAUGCCGGAGACGACCAAGACUGUUCUCGAGGGCCUGUCAUAUUUCUAUGCCAUUUCUAUUGUUCUCGGUCGACUGUACUGUGGUAUGCAUGGCUUCACCGACGUCGUCGUGGGCUCGGUCUUGGGUGCUGUCAUUUCGCUCGUCGAGUUCCACUACGGUCCGCCGCUGGACGCGUACAUGCACAGCAGCUCAUGGUGGGCACCCGUUAUCGCUGCUCUUGUCGUCAUUGUCCUCGUGAGGAUACAUCCUGAGCCAGCAGACGACUGCCCUUGCUUUGACGACAGUGUAGCCUUUGCCGGAGUUGUGAUAGGCCUGGAGAUCGGAACAUGGUCGUAUGGGCGGACUCCAAUCGAUUCGUUCGGAGGAUCUGCCCAUACGGUUGAGUCCAUUGAUCUCAACGCGCUGGGCUGGCACAUUGUGCUGGCCCGCGUUGUAUUCGGCGUAGUUGUCAUCCUUCUAUGGCGAGAGGUCAUGAAACCUACCAUGCUCAGAGUUCUGCCUCACCUUUUCCGUCUCCUAGAAAAGGUCGAGUGGAAUCUUCCCAGACGUUUCUUCACACCAGCGUCCAUGUACAAGUCUAUUGACCCGGGCUCAAGGAUGGAUACGCUUAUUCCCAACGUCAGAGACUUGCCCCGCGUAGUUCAGUCCAUUCGUCACCCGACAACACGUGGUCGCUCGGUAUCGAUCGGACCACAGAGUGCCGCCGAUGCGUACGAGACACUUGCAUACCGCGAGCGCCGACGUCGAGAGAGCAUUGGCAGCAAUGGCAGCAUCAAGAGCAAGGGCAGUAUGCACGAGCUUCGAGAGAAGAGCAGCGAUUGGGAAGGGAAGGGAGCAACGUCUGGUGUUCAAGGCCAUCACGGCAACUCACUAAACGACUUUGAGCGCAUGAUGGGUACGGGGAGCGUGCUAGCAAGCCCGAGCGAGGAGAAGGGCGAGGUAGAGCUGAGAGUCGGCCAGCAAAACGAGAUGAGUGAGAAGGAAAUGUUUCUUCGACUCAUCCGUCCACGAGUACGUUACGAUGUCGAGGUGGUGACCAAACUGGUUGUUUAUACAGGUAUUGCUUGGCUGGGCGUGGGCUUGAUCCCAAUCAUGUUCGAGUUGAUCGGCCUUGGAUCGAACCAUCUCCGCACCGCGUGA